AUGGCCCACCAGGCACUGGACGAGCCCGCCCAGUCCUCCCCCGAAUUUUACUCUGACGAGCCGUCCAGUAAUGCCUCUCCCGUCUCCGCUUCACCUUCCCUCAAUAUGACACCAGCAAUGUUCGACGAAGGCGACUCUUCCGGCAGAGGCAGCGCCACGAGCACCCCCGCGCGCUCCGCCCCCGAAACAACGCGCCCGCACUCUGCUGGCAAAGGCGGCUGCUGGACCUGCCGCGUACGGCGAAAGAAAUGCGACGAGGAGCGCGAGGGCGAGUCCUGCAAGACGUGUCUCCGCCUCGGGCUCAAGUGCCUCGGCUGGGGCGUCAAGCGGCCAGACUGGAUGCGCGACAAGGAGCGCGUCGCCGCGUACCGCGCCGAGAUCAAGGAGCAGCUCACGCGCGAGGGCCGCAUCCGCGGGCAGCCCCGCACCACCUUCGGGCACCUCCACCCGCCCCCGCCGCCCCCUCCCCCGCUCGGUGUCGCGGGGCCCGGCCCCAGCACCCUGCGGCGCAACCACAGCUUCGGCGAGGGCGACGCGAGCUUCCGGCGCGCCUACGCCGCGUCGCCCUACCACCACCCCCACCGGCUCGUCCACGGCCGAGGGACCGUCAGUGCGCGCAGCAGCCCUACUGCCCAGCACUACCCUCUUGGUGUGCCGUUCGUUGCCCCGAUGGACGCACCCUUUGACGUGCAGGAGUUUCCGUAUCACCCCGCUUCGCUGUCCCCUACACUACCAAUUCCAACUAAUGAGCCUGUACCCGAGCCCGUACCGUACACACCAUUUCUGCCCGCCGCGCACGAGACGGACGCGCCGCACUCCGCGGGCCUGGCGCUGCCCUCGCCGCACGUCGCCCCGGGGCCGUUCACGACCGUGGACGAGUACGUCGGGUACUACUUCAACUACGUCCAAAAAGUACAAUACGCGUUCGCAGGGCCCGCGCUCACCAACACGCUCUACCCCAUCGUCGCCGCGGACCCAUCGGGCGUCGUCGCCCACGCGAUCUGCGCAUUAUCUAGUCUACACUCUACACGCGUGCGCAUCGCGCAGCGGCUCGAGGCCCCGGUGCAGAACCCGGAGCAGUCGAUGCCCAAGUACUUCUACGACCAGGCGCUCGCGCAGAUCGCGCGCGCCAAGGCGCACGGCGCGCAGUACGCCGACGCGGACGCGGUCGCCGCCGUGCAGCUCAUCUCCUUCUCCGUCCUCGCCAACGGCUGGGGCGACUGGCCCGCGCUGCUCGAGGUCGCGUGCGACUGGCUCGGCCAGAGCAGGAUCCACGAGGAGCAAAACCCCAAGCUCACGCUGCUCAACAUGAGCCCCGCCGCGCGGUACGCGGCCAAGGCGACCAUGUGGAUCGACGUCUUCUCGAGCAUCACGUUCAUGCAGCCGCCGCGCUUCCUGCCGCUCUACCGGCGGCUCUUCGCGGGCGGCGGCGGGUUCUGGGCGAACUCGCAGCAGCAGCACUUUGAUCUGCGCAUGGACGCGCUAACGGGGUGCCCGGACGAGGCCGUGCUGGCCAUCGCGGAGAUCUCGGCGCUCGCGCACUGGAAGGCGGCGGAGCAGCGCAGCGGCAGCCUCAGCAUGCGCGAGCUCGUGCGCCGCGGGGACCUGAUCGAGCAGCAGCUGAGGCAGCUGGCGGUGCCCCGGCAGUAUGCCGACGUCGAAGAGGCGGCGGCGGCAGCGGCGGACGCGCAACAGCCGGGGCUGGAGCAGGCGGACGCUGCUGCGUCCGCGGUCGGGUCGUAUGCGAUGGAGGAAGUGCGGCAGCUUACGGCGGACAUCUUUCGGGAGACGGCGGUUUUAUACCUGCACACGGUGUUGAGCGAAUCUAUACGGGGUGUCCCGGAGAUUGUGCAGAGCGUGAGCACGAUCGUGGCGCUGCUCAACCAGCUCCCGCCGUCGGACUAUGACCGCGCGCUCAUCUUCCCGUUGUUCCUGACGGGGAGCAUGACGGAGGACCCGCUGCUGCAAAACGUGAUCAAGGAGCGGUUCGCGCUGGUGGACGACGGGCUGGGCCACAUCAUGCAGGCGCGGACGUUGCUGGAGCACAUCUGGGGCAGGAGCGCACCGAUCCACGGGUCGUCGCUGGUCACGGUGGUCGAGUGGCGGGAGACGCUGUGCAACCAGUGGCGGAACCUGCUGCUGCUAUGA